GAUACACAGUUAAGAUCAGUGGAUCUGAAUCACGUCAUCAAACUACUUGGAGAUUCGAACUCUAAAGAUUUGGAAAAAGAGCAGCUGAAAACUCUCAAGAAGGUAGUCAAGCGUUUUGAAAAUGGGUUUCCCCUUAAGGAUUUAGCACAAAUAUUUGAAAUUCUUAACCUGUGUGCAGAAAAAAUGAAUGAACAAGAAGCUUUCACUGAGCCUUUAUGUGAACUUAUUAAAUUAUGUGGGUUACCAUUUCAAAAAAAGAAAUUAUCUGAUGAAGUAAGCUAUUCUGUGGCAAUUUCAAAAUCCAUUGCACAACUGGGUUAUUUGAUGAGGGUCCCAAGCUCUCAAGUUAGAAUACAAAUCUGUUACCAGCCAACAAGUGCAAACUAUAAAAUUCAGAUGGCUGAAUUAGGAGGAUUAGCAGAAACUCUUGUUUUGUCACUAGCAUUAGUUGAAAAUCAACUUACUGAGAAGUUGUGGGUACUUAAAGCUCUCCAGCAUCUCUCCAGCUCUGGAGUAAAUUGCAGACUUAUGAUGAAGGCCCAAGCAGCCAGCAGACUCUGUUUGUAUCUAAACGGUGUUGAUCCCUCAGGACAGCUGAUGUUCCGCUCCUCAGAAAUCCUAUGGAACCUGUUAGAAAACACCUCAAAAGAAGAAGUUGUUAAUCAGCUCAGUAGCUUGGAAUGUGUACAUGCUUUGAAAGAAGUAUUUGUAGACCUUCUCAUGCAUGGUUUCCGGCAUUAUGAUCGUCAGCUCCGGAAUGACCUCUUGGUGAUUGCCACAUUACUAGCUGAAAACCCUGCAGCACCUAUGAUUGAAAGUGGAUUUGCAAAGCUGUUAAUAGUACUUGCAACGUUUACUGAAGUUAGAAUUCCCAAUCCUUUGAUAAAAGGUCUUAAACUUACCUACUCUUACGAGGACUUCGAGAUGAAGAAGUUAUUAUUUAAUGUAAUAGGAGUCUUAUCUAAAGACCCACGUGCUGUACAGCUUCUCAGUGAAAAUGAUGUGAUGCCAGCUUUGCUUUAUUAUGUAAAACCAAUUCAAAAGCCUGGAUUUCAUGACUGGUCUGCUGCCCAAUAUGAAGAAUUACAGCUUCAUGCAAUUGCUAUUUUAGCUUCAGUGGCUCCUGUGUUAAUAGAUAAAUAUUUGUCCUGCCAAGCAAACACUCUUCUCCUUGUGUUUCUAGAAUGGUGUAUAGGCCAAGAUGCUUUCUUUGGUCAAGGUAACAGUUUCCAUGGAACAGGUGGUCGUGGCAACAAAAUUGCACAAAUGCGCUACAGCCUGAGAGUGCUGAGGUCUGUUGUGUCCCUUUAUGAUGAUCCUGUGAACCUUAAUUUGUGUGACCAGGGAGCAAUUAGCCAGCUACUGGACAUCCUAAAGUAUGCAGCAGACAAAUCCAAAGAGAAAGAAAAUGCCAUUCUACUGGAAAUCCAAUCUGAUAUAUUGUUUAUUUUGUCUGCUGUCUGUGAAAAUGAUCCCCACAGAAAGGAACUCUUCAGCUAUGAAGGAGUGGAUAUACUUAUCUCUUUCAUUCAGAUGGAUCCAAAGCAGUUACAUAGUGGAUUAGGCCACAAUCAUCUCCUCUUCAGUGCACUCGACUGCUUGUGGUCCUGUGUCAUUGGAUGUUACAUUGCAGAGGAUUCUUUUCUUGAAAAACAGGGCAUUUUUCUCCUUCUGGAUUUGUUGGCAUUAAAGCAAAAGAACCUGUGCAAUAUAGUUCUUGGAAUCUUGGUUGAAUUUUGUGACAACCCUAAAACCACUUCGUACAUCAGUACCUGGCGAGGGGAGAAAGAUCAAACAGCAGCUAACCUCCUAAUACAGUUGUGGAGACAGGAGGAGUUGGAGCUGGGAGUAAAGCAUGAUCGGUAUGGAAGGAUUGUUGACAUGAAGAGACCUAUUGCUAGCAGCAUCCAGAAACAGCAAGAUGUCAUCCCCAUGCCUGCCAACUGUCCCAGCUUUGCCAUCAUGGAAAUUUCAGAAAACAUACGCACAAAACUUUAUUCUUUGUUGUACAAGCUAGGUUUUGAAAAUUUACCUGGUUUAUCUGCUAAGGAUUUUGUCACACUUGCUAUCAUACGGCGUUAUAUUGACUUUAAAGUUGGAGAAGUUUGGAUUGAACUGUGUGCAGAAAUAAAAGAAGAAUUCAGGCCUGUUGCAUCGGAUGACAAAGCCUUGAAAUUUAUUUCAGAGAUAUCAGAAGAUACUGGAAGAAUGGUUGCUGCUCAGCAGACUGAAGUGCUUGAAAGUCAACACCACCAAGAAAUCCAAGAAGAAGAAAAAACGUAUGCAAAAAUCCGAGGUAUCCAUAAGCAGAGAGAAACAGUAAAUAAACCUUGGGAAAAUUUCUUGACUCGGACAUCAAACUAUGAGGCAUUGAAGAAAGCAAAAAGGCUUCAGGAAAAAUCAAUAGAAGCUUCCAGAUCUAAACUGAAGACUCCAAAUGGACCAGUCCAUUCUACUGAUAUUAAAGGCCUCGGUACAACAAUUGGAUCUGGUCGCUUAGUAACUGUUGAAAGUACACCUCCUCAGUUAAUUGGAGGGCCACUGGCUGCUACAGACAUUGCUCUUAGAAAGCCCUCUGUUAGUGAAGGAGCCUUAAAAAAGAUCAAAAGAGUUAAAACAUUGGACUCAGGCAAGAACGAUUCAGUACCUGUAGAAUAG